AUGGUCAUGGCGAAUUACCAAGUCGCGCUUCAUUUCGACGAGCCCUGGUGGAAAAAGGUCGGAGAGCAUGUUCCUGACGAAGUUGAACAGUUAGAUCAGCUUAGAAAAGCAACAGGAGCCAAGGCGACGAAACUGGUUGAGGUGGAGUCGUCUCGCAUCGUUAACGUGGACGGCCAGGUGCAAGCUUCAAGUAACAAGGAGAAAGCGGUGAAAGACGCCCAGACCGGAGCGACGCUCGCGAGCGUCAAGGAGGCGUCGCAGUUGGAACAGCGCGGCCCCGGUGAACGGCCUCACAGCGUAUCGCGCACGCAACUCGACGUGCCGGCGCUAGGCAUCCACGAAACCAAGGUCGAGGACUCCAAUAACAACAACAACAACCUGCAACGGCAGCUGCAGCAGCAGCAGCAGCUUCUCCCUGGUCCUGGCCUCGCCGAGAAAAAGAACUAUGUCCCUUACUCCUGGAACGCUGAGGAAUCCGACCGUACCGACUACACCCCUACAGACCUCGCUGAAUACAUCCUGAGGACAGGAGACGAAGAAGGAGUUGCCAUUGCUGUGGAAGAGCUGCUCAGGCAAGGAAUGAUGACGCGAGAGGAGGCCAUCGUGUACCUGCAAGAUGUCAAGGCCGAAAUGAACUACAUUCGCGCUCAGCAGGAGAAGCUGCGUAAGAUCCAGGAGCUGCGUGAGGCAAUAAACAUGAAGAAGAAGGACGAAUUCAAGGCGCAGCGUCGUCCGGCUGAGGCUCUUGGCACACGGGAAAUGGAGCACUCGCCCAAAGUCCAAGUUGCCUCCAAAUCAUCGCAGAAGGCUGCCCAAGCUCCUAAUGACAAGGCGGCGGCGGCAGAAAAACCGAAGUCUCCCGCCGCCAAGCCCGCAGCCUCUAAGGAAGUGACGCCUCAAGGGUCGUCAAAGGCCGGAGGAAGCAGCAAGGCAGCCGGUUCUUCGAGCCUCUCAACACCCGCGAAGACCACCGGAGAAGACAAGAACAAGGCGUCACAGCACCAGGCCUCGGCGUCGUCAAGCGGAACAGAAGCUCGGAAGCGCGGCGGUGAGAGGAUGAUGCUGCCUGGUGGUCUGGCGCCCAACAAGCUGAGCGUGCUCGAGCUCGAGCGACUGGCAGAAGAGCAGCGAGUCCGGUCGGCGCAGCAGCAGGCCGAGGAAGAUGUGCUGGGUGCGCUGAAGAAGCUGCGAGGCUCAUCGCUGUAUGACGAGUACACGCUCGAGGAAAUCAUCUACUGGCUCGCCAAGGACAUGUUUGCCCACAGCAUCGUCAAGGGGGAUCAGAGCGCCGAAGAAGCUUUGGCGAGGUUUGCAAACUUUGUGGAAACUGAGGUGUCCCAAAACAAGCUCUCUGGUGAAGUUGAGAAGAAAGUUCUCGACAUCAUGCUCGCUGCCCUGGUGGACAUGCUUCGCGAGUUUCCCAGCUCUCAGUACAGCGGUCCGGUGUCGAACCAGCUUCCUCAGCGGCUCUUUCCAGAGGCCACCGAGCAUCAGGCGGCCAAGCUCGCCAACGCCAGGGUUAGGAACGCCGCCAUCCGGCUGCGAGAGGAAAAGAAAAAGACCAUUCCAGCGGUGAUCAAGCACAAGGAAGUUCCCACAGCCACUCAGAAGUCUUAAGAUUCAUGCCGUGAAGAGGCCAGCUGUGCGGAGUGCUUACCUUGACACCGUCGAUGACCGUGACAACACUUCACCAAAUCUUCCGAAUCGCCCCACACCCGAUCUCUGACCUGUAACCAGCUGACGCUCUAAGCGUGCUCGAACCCCUACGCCAACUCCAAACCCCUUCCAUCGUUUGCCUGUACACAAGCUAAUCUUCAAUAGAAUGUAUUGAAAUAUCAGGAUAGCUUCAUUGCCAUCUGGCACCAUUUCCCUGACUACGCUAAACUUAAACCUGUAUUUUUUUUCUAGAAAAUGAGAAAGGUAUUAAAAAAAAAGGACGACGAGCAGUCGACUGAAAGAAGCAACCUGUCGCUUCUGUAUAGAUGUACAAGUCGUGUUCGUGAACACCUCCGUAUCAUUCAACGGUGUGCGUGAUAUAUCUAUAAAUCUCUACUGUGGUUGUGUUAUGCACUGUUGCUAGCGACAUGCACUGUUAAAGAAUUUCCGAAGAGAAUUUUCUUUCGCCUCCUUUUUUCGAGGCGAGGCGCAAGGCUAUGUUCGUCUUUUGAAAAUUUUCCUUCACUUUGCUUACGUAAACACGCGCUGUGCAGUGUCUUCGUUCGCUUCUGAUGUACGCAUUAAAUGUAUAGAUCCUCUCGCAAAUCGAAAGACCGUUCGAACUAGCCUUCGCUGCCUAUCUCAUUGAUGACCCUUCGAAACACUUAGGCUCUCGACGCAAAUAGGUACUGUGAAUAUCAAAUUUAUUCCAAACGCAGAGUACAGUGCUCGUAACUAGUCGGUGAGUAAACGUCACAGUGUUCUGCGCAAUGAAACAAAAAGAGAAGCGGGUGGCUGGAGAAUGGUGGAUGGCUGAUGCUUUUGGCAGAGUAAGGAAACACCGAAGACGUGAAACGGUUGAUUUUGUGUAUCUUGAUAGGGGAAGUGCCAUAUAUGUGUACUGUACAACUCUAUUCCUAUCUUCCUGCUUUAGUCACAAAAGACCCCAAGAUUAUCAAUAUUUGUGUUUUGUUGUCUCUAUCUAAAGCACGUAAAUCUUACUUGCCAAGCAAUUGCCAGAACUUGGGCAACCUGUUCUUGAUUAGGCGCAAUUUCAGCUUGUGUUUCACCGUUGAAAAAACGAAAUAAAGCACACACAUAUAUAUAUAUAUAUAUAUAACCAAACUGUUACUCAAAGAAACCAUAGUAAUGAAAGAAACGAAACAUAAUCGAUACACGUUCUACACAGUUGAUAUGCUUAUGAAAAAGAAAAAAAAAAGCAAUUCCUUCCCUUUGUUGUUGGUUGAAUGCUAUUUUUAGAACCUUUUUGCGAUUGUUGACCUUGAUGGAAGGACGCUAAUGUUGUUUGCUGACCACCUGGAAACGUGGUCGACGGUAAAGCGGCAACCAAACGAAGCGUAUAUCUGGCAAAUUUUCGGCGUGACGUUACCAAGCAUCGGCGAGCGCCUAUUUCAAUCCGAGCGCCAACAACGUUGUUACGAUGACCAGGGAUGAUAUUCCGAAUGCCGUAAAAUUGCGCAACGUUGACGUUUCGAUCAGGCAGGUCGUAUGGCAGCCCUCUGAGCCAAUCAGGACAAGAUGUCAAAUUCUAAAAUAUGGAGAAAUUUGACAAUGUUGCUUCUCCAUGGUUCACAUAUCGACCCCCGGUCGAUAUGUGAACCAUGGAGAAGCAAUUACUAUGUUAAACACAUUUUUCGUUCAGAGCAGAAUGAGCGUUCCGGCGCCAGGACGAUGCCACGCCGGAGACACGUCGGAAAUACGUCCCACGUGGCUUUGCCGCUUUGAUAAGACGCGGUUCCACUGAAGCGAGACAUGUAGAUAAAGAGGAAAGGAGAAUUCACGUUGACAUCAAACCUUUUUCACGCAGCUCCUCCUGAGGCUUGUAUCGUAAACUCGUGCGUAUUUUGUAAACGUAGUAGGAUUGAUUUAGCGGUUGUUUUCUCUCCCGCAGCGGCGCCGCCGACGAGCCGUCGCUCACUGUUUUCACUGACACUGGUCAUAUCAUGAAUGUUGUGCACUUUCGGCUAAAAUAAAGUCACCGAAAAGAACCCUGUUUCCCUCUAGCA